AUGGAGGACGCUGGGGCGCUAGGCCAUUUAUUCCGAUCCGUUCAUGAUCCUGCGACGAUCGAAAAACGGCUGCAGUUGUUUUGGCUUGUCAGAAAAGACCGGGUCUCCAGAACCCAGAUCAUGGCAAGUGUUAGAGCCGGUAGGGAAAAGAAGUGGAGCAGGAGCUUAAGAAGUAUGCCGAUCCGCCAGGAUCAGCCGUUCCGUCUACACACCAAGAACGAACUGACCACGACUAUGAUUAUGAUGUUUUCGCAAAAUGUGAGGAAGUACUUUUAG